CUCUCCCUUUCAAUAUUUAAAACAAUGGCUUCGACCGAUAUCCAUGUUCAUGUCAUAGUUAUCCCUUUAAUGUCUCAAAGCCAUCUAAUCCCCAUGAUAGAUCUAUCUAAACAAUUAGCAGAAAGAGGGCUUAUAGUCACUAUAAUCACUACACCACGAAAUGCCCUUCGCUACCAAGCUACCAUCAAUCAAGCCAUACUCUCUGGCCUUGGAAUCCAACUCGUGUCUCUUCCAUUUCCAUGCAACAAGGCAGGGCUACCCGAAGGAUGUGAAAACCUUGAUAGUCUUCCAUCUCCUCAUUUACAAACUAAAUUCCUUGUAGCAACUUCUUUAUUACAAACACCACUAGAAAGUUACCUUGCAAAUAUAGAUCCAAAGCCUAAUUGUAUAAUUUCUGGCCUCCCUUGGACAAGUGAUGUUGCACAUAAGUUUAAUAUCCCUAGGUUUGCUUACCAAGGUAUUUCUUGCUUCACUCUCUUGUGCUCUCACAAAAUGGUGCUUCAUAAAGUUCAUGAAAACAAUGAGUAUGAUAAUGAACCCUUUUUGGUGCCGGAUGUCCCGGAUAAAAUUGAGUUUACUUAUGCUCAAUUGCCUAAGAUGAUGAAGAGAAGUAGUCCACAUAUUGGUGAUGGUAUUGAUAUCAAGGACAUUCGUGAUCAAUUCAACCAAGCUUGUUCAUCCGCGGAAGGGUUAUUAGUAAACACAUUUGAUGAACUUGAGUUUGAGUAUGUGAAAUCAUACCAAAAGGCGGUCAUGAGGAACGUCUUGUGUGUUGGACCUCUCUCUCUUUGCAACAAAAUGGAAAAAGACACUAGCAUUAUUGACGAGCAUCAUUGCUUAAGAUGGCUCGAGUCUAUGAAACCAAGGUCGGUUGUAUAUGUUUGUUUUGGUAGCCUUUGUCAUCUACGACCUAAACAAUUGAUAGAGCUUGGUAAGGGCUUAGAAGCAUCAAAUUUCCCAUUCAUUUGGAUUAUUAGAGAUGUUGAUUAUAAUGAAGAAAUAGACAAGUGGAUAAUAAAUGAAAACUUUGAAGAAAAGGUUAAUGGAAAAGGGAUAGUAAUCAAAGGGUGGGCACCUCAAGUGUUGAUAUUAUCUCACCCUUCGACUGGAGGGUUUUUAACGCAUUGUGGAUGGAAUUCGACAUUAGAAGGAGUAAGUGCGGGUGUGCCUAUGAUCACCUGGCCAAUGUUUGCCGAACAAUUUUACAAUGAAAAGUUAAUCGUUCAAGUACUAAAAAUAGGCGUAAGAAUAGGUGUUGAGGUGACUAUGCAUUGGGGAGAGGAGCAAAAUGAAGGAAUUUAUGUUAAGUGGGAGACUGUGAGAAAUGCAAUAGAUAAACUUAUGUGUGAAGGACAAGAAAUAAGAAAAAGAGCAAAAGAAUUUGGGGAGAAAGCUAAAAAGGCUGUACAAAAAGGUGGUUCUUCAUACUUGAAUAUCACUUCUUUUAUUCACCAUCUUAGCCAAACAUUGGUUACCAAAUGAAUGAAAGAUACAAGGAGUGUACGAGACUUAUUACUCACUUUUUCCCCUAUCAAAAAAAUAUAUAUUACUCUACUUUUGUCGAUAUUACUGUUUAUAAAGUGAGCCUUCAUAAUUUUAUUGUAUGCCCUAAUAAUUAAAUUCUCCAUUUAUCGCAUAUUAAGGCCGCUGAAAUUGAUAAGGUAGUACGUGAAACUGAUAAGGUCCUGAAAUUGAUAAGGUAACUGAUUAUGUUGUCUGUUUGGUAGAACUAGUUUUGUAAGUACCUGGAAUUUUUACUACUCUC